GGGUUGCGCCGUACUGAUAGAUGGGUAAAAAACUGACGCCCAACACACCAUUGAGCCAUGUCGGAUCCGGGUAAAAAAGCCGAACUAAAACAAAAGUAGCUUUACAGUAACCAGCAACGCAACUCUCUCACAUAAUAAACCCUCUUCUCUGCCUGCAAGAUGCCAGACACCCAAGCUCUCGUCAAUGAUUUUCUUAACAAGCUUAAAAAACGUAAGAUUGAGGGUUCACAGGCAACAGCGAAGCAGACAGCGGAACUGCUGUGGUCAGUGAUUUCGCAGACACGAGUGCCUUGUAACAACCAGGCUGGAGCUUUGAUUCAUUCUGUUAAGGUUGUUAGAAAACGGUUAAUUGUUGCAAAUCCUGUCGGUAUUAUGCCUUUUUUGUUUGGGUUUGAUUUGGUUUUGCUGAUUAUGUUCGAAAAUUAGUUAGUGUUCUGUAUCAGUUUCAUUUAUGUCAUGUUGCUGAUGUCGAAAUUGUAUCAUACAUUGAUACAUUACACUUGAACAGUCAAUGCUGCUCAGAGUAUGCAUGAUAAUUGCUGCGUUUUUUUAGGACCGCGUCUAUCUGUGUUCAUUUCUAUCUAUGGAUUUUACAUAUCGAAUGAUUAAUAGGUCAUUGUUGUAUAUUUAUGAACUAGAACUUGAAGGGUAUUUUUUGAACCCAUAAUGUUUCUUUGUGAAGUCUUGCAUUUUACGAGUCUGUUCGGUCACGCUGAAGAAGUUGUGUGGAAAAGUAAUGUUAAAGUGGUUUUUUUGAUAAGUGUAAAGUGUUGUGUCAAAUUAAAAUGAUUUUGUAAUAACUAAGAAUAUCUUUUCAUUGUUUAAAAAUUUCAUUGAGACAAAAUUAUCGGCUUCUCAUUGCAGCUUUUUUUAGAAGUUAUAUUUUGAUUUUUAACCUUCUAGAUAAGAUAAAAGUUGUUUUUGGAAACCCCUGUUUGGUGUAGCUUCAGCUUUCUGGAGUAGAGAAGCUGCUAAAAAAAGCUGGGCCAGACGUGCUAUAACUUUCUUAUAGGGAUUGUUUAUACUUGUCCUCUGGUAUUCUAUGUUAAUAGUGUAUGGAUGCGAUGGCAGAGUUUGUGGUGGGUAAUAUUGUGAGGCGUGUUUUGUACAUUAUCAGAGAGGAGGAUCUUUCUCUGACAACUGCUGCUAUGGUUGGAUUGAACUUAUCAGCUGUAAGUGAUGAUGAAGAUGAUGCUGAUCGAGAUGACCAACCAGUUUUAUCAGCAACUGCCAUUGCCACUGCUUCUAGAAACGCUUUGCAUCCACCUUCCUUGCAGACGCUACUUGAGGAUGUGCCUGACUCUGCUGCAGUUCAGCAUACUUCUUCAUCUGGCAGAGAUUCUGAAGGAAAAAGCAAAUCUGCUGACAAAAGUUCAAGAAAUCGGAAGCUGAAGCAUGAUGUUGUUGAAGCAAUGAAUGAACUUAUUCAAGAUGUUAGUACUUGCCAUGAACCGAUUGUGGUGCGAGUAGAGCAUAUACAUCAAAAGUAUCUUUUCUUGGAAGUGAUAUUAACUUUUGGCAGUUCAAGAACAGUGCUGCAAUUUCUUUGUGUUGCAAAAGAGAGGAAAAGAUCAUUUCUGGUAUUGGUUGCGGAGGGUGCUCCAAGGUAUCAGGGGCAUCUUCUUGCAAAAGAAUUGGUCACAAGAGGUCUACAGACCACAUUGAUUACCGGCUCUGCAGUUUUUGCCAUGAUUUCCCGAGUAAACAUGGUUAUUGUUGGAGCCUAUGCUGUCUUGGCUAAUGGUGGGGUCAUUGCUCCUGUUGGGCUGAACAUGGUUGCACUUGCUGCUCAAAAGUAUGUUGUCCCAUUUGUUGUACUUGCUGGCAGUCACAAGUUAUGCCCUUUGUAUCCACACAAUCCUGAAGUUUUACUGAAUGAAUUACGGUGCCCAUCUGAGUUGCUGGAUUUUGGAGAAUUCUCUGAUUGCUUGGAUUUUGGAAGUGGAAUUGGUGCCUCUCUUCUUAAUGUUGUCAAUCCAACAUUUGAUUAUGUGCCACCAAAGCUUGUUAGUCUCUUUAUAACGGACAUAUUGUGGAGUAUUAGUGCCCUGUUGAUACAAUGUGGAGAUGCAAUGCAUAGUCCUGUUUCAGCUAUUACUGUUUCACAUUGAUCUUGGCCAAAAGAGAAAAAAGAUUGCAUAUAUUUGGCUCUUAUGUUUCUGCAAUUGCUAGAGGGUUCUGCUUUUCAUGGACCUCCUCGGACCACAGUGGAGGGCAUAAUCCGUCAUACAUGUACUGGCUGAUUGCUGAUUAUUACUCUGCUGGUGAUCUAGUAGUGCAAUGAAGACCUACUUCUGGCAAUUAAAUUUACGGUACUCAGAUAUAUUGCACAACAUCAGAUACGAAAUUCAAGUGAGCAUUCCUGUUGCUGAGAAACCUUCGUUAAAUCUACGAGUUUGUGGAAUCAACUUCGGCAAGCUCCAGAGAAACAAAAGAAAGCCAUUUUUGUGAUUAUGGAUAGUAGGGCUUACGAAGUUGGGAGAAAAAGGGAAAUCAAGUGAAGGUAAUUUUUUUAUCAUCAUGAAAUUCCUCAUUGUAUCAUGUAUCAAAAAUCAUUCAUGAACUACCGUUGUAUUACAUUUGGCUUGAAACUUGAUGGUGUUGGGGACUGGGGAUAUAGUUCUGUAUUGCAUUUUACUUGGAAAUUUCAGAAAUUUUUAAUAAUCUCGACAUAAAAGCAGCAACUGAGAGUGAUUGAGAAGAUUUUUUUUUUUUUUAAUUUGUAAAAAACUGGAUUAUGAGAGAGAUAGGAUAGUGAUAUUUUACCAACAAAAUUUUGAUGAUUGAAGUUAUCUUAUUUAACCCAAAUGUUAAUGAUGAUUGUGAUUACCAAACGGUCGAUCGUGUUGUCACCUCGACAAGAUCAUUA